CUGGACAGAGCUUUAUCUAGGGGCUGGUGCUGCUGAAUAAUGAAUUCAGCAUGCAUUCCCGAGCUACUGGCUGGGUGUGCAACACACAAACACACACACACACACACACACUACACACAUGCUGGGCUGACAACUCAGAGGGGCGGGGCUGCCAGGGCUGCACGGUUCUGCGGAGCUGAAGGAGCAGCUCGCUUUGGUUGCCUUGGUCUCUGUGGGCAGCAUCGGAAGGAGGCGGCAGCAGCCAGAGAAGAGGGAGGUGUGUGAGCCGCACUCAACCAGCCAGCUUCUUCCUGCUGCUCUGCCUGGCACUACCCAGGCUCUUCCCACCAGCAUGGCCCUGAUCGUCCACCUCAAGACCGUCUCGGAGCUGCGAGGCAGAAGUGACCGGAUCGCCAAAGUAACUUUCCGAGGGCAGUCCUUCUACUCCCGGGUCCUGGAGAACUGUGAAAAUGUGGCCGACUUCGAUGAGACGUUCCGGUGGCCGGUGGCCAGCAACAUCGACAGAAAUGAAAUGUUGGAGAUUCAAAUUUUCAACUACAGCAAAGUCUUCAGCAACAAACUCAUUGGGACCUUCCGCAUGGUGCUGCAGAAGGUGGUGGAGGAGAAUCGUGUAGACGUGACUGACACACUGAUCGAUGACAACAAUGCCAUCAUCAAGACCAGCCUAAGCAUGGAGGUCCGGUAUCAGGCCGCAGACGGCACAGUGGGCUCCUGGGAUGAUGGAGACUUCCUGGGAGAUGAAGCUCUUCAGGAGGAAGAGAAGGACAGCCAGGAGACUGAUGGGCUGCUCCCUGGUUCGCGGCCCAGCACCAGAACACCCGGCGAGAAGAGCUUCCGCAGAGCGGGAAGGAGUGUGUUCUCGGCCAUGAAACUUGGCAAGACUCGGUCCCACAAAGAGGAGCCCCAAAGACAAGAUGAGCCAGCAGUGCUGGAGAUGGAGGACCUGGAUCACCUGGCCAUCCGGCUGGGGGAUGGGCUGGAUCCUGACUCAGUGUCUCUAGCCUCCGUCACCGCUCUCACCAGCAAUGUCUCUAACAAGCGGUCUAAGCCAGACAUUAAGAUGGAGCCAAGUGCUGGAAGACCCAUGGAUUACCAGGUCAGCAUCACAGUGAUCGAGGCUCGGCAGCUGGUGGGCUUGAACAUGGACCCUGUGGUGUGUGUGGAGGUGGGCGAUGACAAAAAAUACACGUCUAUGAAGGAGUCCACAAACUGCCCUUACUACAACGAGUAUUUCGUCUUCGACUUCCAUGUCUCUCCUGACGUCAUGUUUGACAAGAUCAUCAAGAUCUCGGUGAUCCAUUCUAAGAACCUGCUUCGAAGUGGCACCCUGGUGGGCUCCUUCAAAAUGGACGUGGGGACCGUGUACUCCCAGCCCGAACACCAGUUCCAUCACAAGUGGGCAAUCCUGUCUGACCCCGACGACAUCUCUGCCGGGCUGAAGGGCUAUGUAAAGUGUGAUGUCGCUGUGGUAGGCAAGGGAGACAACGUCAAGACACCCCACAAGACCAACGAGACAGAUGAGGACGACAUCGAGGGGAACUUGCUGCUCCCCGAAGGCGUGCCCCCAGAACGUCAGUGGGCCCGGUUCUACGUGAAAAUUUACCGAGCGGAGGGACUGCCCCGGAUGAACACAAGCCUCAUGGCCAACGUGAAGAAGGCUUUCAUUGGUGAGAACAAGGACCUCGUAGACCCCUACGUGCAAGUCUUCUUUGCUGGCCAGAAGGGCAAAACGUCGGUGCAGAAGAGCAGUUAUGAGCCACUGUGGAACGAGCAGGUCGUCUUCACAGACCUGUUCCCCCCACUCUGCAAACGCAUGAAGGUGCAAAUCCGAGACUCCGACAAGGUCAACGAUGUCGCCAUCGGCACCCACUUCAUUGACCUGCGCAAGAUUUCCAACGACGGAGACAAAGGCUUCCUGCCCACGCUCGGCCCAGCCUGGGUGAACAUGUACGGCUCCACACGUAACUACACGCUGCUGGACGAACACCAGGACCUGAACGAGGGUCUGGGGGAGGGUGUGUCCUUCCGCGCCCGCCUCAUGCUGGGACUGGCUGUGGAGAUCCUGGACACCUCCAACCCAGAGCUCACCAGCUCCACGGAAGUGCAGGUGGAGCAGGCCACGCCCGUCUCGGAGAGCUGCACAGGAAGAAUGGAAGAAUUUUUUCUAUUUGGAGCCUUCCUGGAAGCUUCCAUGAUUGACCGGAAGAACGGGGACAAACCAAUUACCUUUGAAGUGACCAUAGGAAACUAUGGCAACGAAGUUGAUGGCAUGUCACGACCCCAGCGGCCUCGGCCCCGGAAGGAGCCUGGGGAUGAAGAGGAAGUAGACCUGAUUCAGAACUCCAGUGAUGAUGAGGGUGAUGAAGGCGGAGACCUAGCCUCAGUGUCUUCCACCCCCCCUAUGCGGCCCCAGAUCACAGACAGGAACUACUUUCACCUGCCCUACCUGGAGCGCAAGCCCUGCAUCUACAUUAAGAGCUGGUGGCCUGAUCAGCGACGACGCCUCUACAAUGCAAACAUCAUGGACCACAUAGCUGAUAAGCUGGAAGAAGGUCUGAAUGACGUGCAGGAGAUGAUCAAAACAGAGAAGUCCUACCCGGAGCGCCGCCUGCGGGGCGUGCUAGAGGAACUUAGCUGUGGCUGCCACCGCUUCCUCUCCCUCUCGGACAAGGACCAGGGCCACGCGUCCCGCACCAAGCUGGAUCGGGAGCGCCUCAAGUCCUGUAUGAGGGAGCUGGAGAGCAUGGGGCAGCAGGCCAAGAGCCUGAGGGCUCAGGUGAAGCGACACACUGUGCGGGACAAGCUGAGGCUAUGCCAGAACUUCCUACAGAAGCUACGCUUCCUGGCAGAUGAGCCCCAGCACAGCAUUCCAGACGUGUUCAUUUGGAUGAUGAGCAACAACAAGCGUAUCGCCUACGCCCGGGUGCCCUCCAAGGACCUGCUCUUCUCCAUUGUGGAGGAGGAGAUGGGCAAGGACUGCGCCAAAGUCAAGACCCUCUUCCUCAAGCUGCCAGGGAAGAGGGGCUUCGGCUCGGCAGGCUGGACAGUACAGGCCAAGCUGGAGCUCUACCUGUGGCUGGGCCUCAGUAAGCAGCGAAAGGACUUCCUGUGCGGCCUGCCCUGCGGCUUCGAGGAGGUCAAGGCAGCCCAAGGCCUGGGUCUGCACUCCUUUCCACCCAUCAGCCUGGUCUACACCAAGAAGCAAGCCUUCCAGCUCCGAGCCCACAUGUAUCAGGCCCGAAGCCUCUUUGCUGCCGACAGCAGUGGGCUCUCUGAUCCCUUCGCCCGUGUCUUCUUCAUCAACCAAAGCCAGUGCACAGAGGUUCUGAAUGAGACGCUGUGUCCCACUUGGGACCAAAUGCUCGUAUUUGACAACCUGGAGCUGUAUGGUGAAGCGCAUGAAUUACGAGACGAUCCCCCCAUCAUUGUCAUUGAAAUUUACGACCAGGACACCAUGGGCAAAGCUGACUUCAUGGGCCGGACCUUCGCCAAGCCCCUGGUGAAGAUGGCAGAGGAGGCAUACUGCCCGCCUCGCUUCCCGCCCCAGCUCGAGUACUACCAGAUCUACCGCGGCAAUGCCACUGCCGGGGACCUCCUGGCUGCCUUCGAGCUGCUGCAGAUUGGGCCAUCCGGGAAGGCCGACCUGCCACCCAUCAACGGCCCGGUGGACAUGGACAGAGGACCCAUCAUGCCUGUGCCAGUGGGAAUCCGGCCAGUGCUCAGCAAGUAUCGAGUAGAGGUGCUGUUCUGGGGCCUGAGGGACUUGAAGAGGGUGAACCUGGCCCAGGUGGACCGACCACGGGUGGACAUCGAGUGUGCGGGGAAAGGGGUGCAGUCAUCCCUGAUCCACAACUAUAAGAAGAGCCCCAACUUCAACACCCUGGUCAAGUGGUUUGAAGUGGACCUCCCAGAGAAUGAGCUCCUGCACCCACCCUUGAACAUCCGAGUGGUGGACUGCCGGGCCUUUGGACGAUACACCCUGGUGGGCUCCCAUGCUGUCAGCUCCCUGCGACGCUUCAUCUACAGACCCCCGGACCGCACAGCCCCCAACUGGAACACCACCGUCAGGCUUCUCCGGGGCUGCCACGUGCUGUGCAAUGGGGGCCCCUCUUCUCGCCCCACAGGGGAGGUGGUAGUGAGCAUGGAGCCCGAGGUGCCUGUCAAGAAGCUGGAGACCAUGGUGAAGCUGGAUGCGACUUCUGAUGCCGUGGUCAAGGUGGACGUGGCUGAGGAGGAGAAGGAAAGGAAGAAGAGGAAAAAGAAAGGAGCGUCAGACGAGGCAGAGGAAGAGGAGCCGGAUGAGAGCAUGCUGGACUGGUGGUCCAAGUACUUUGCCUCCAUCGACACAAUGAAGGAGCAACUUCGGCAACAUGAGGCCUCUGGAAUUGACUUAGAAGAGAAGGAAGAAAUGGAUACCACUGAGGGCCUGAAGGGGCCGAUAAAGAACAAGGAUAAAUCCAGGGCUGCCAAGGAGGAGAAGAAGAAGAAAAUCCCUGGUCCUGGCCAGGGACCAGAGGCUCCUGAGAAGAAGAAAGCCAAGAUCGACGAGCUGAAGGUGUACCCCAAAGAGCUGGAAACAGAGUUCGACAACUUUGAGGACUGGCUGCAUACCUUCAACCUAUUGCGGGGCAAGACGGGGGAUGAUGAAGAUGGGUCCACAGAGGAAGAACGAAUCGUGGGUCGGUUCAAGGGUUCCCUCUGUGUGUACAAAGUGCCACUCCCAGAGGAUGUAUCUCGAGAAGCUGGCUAUGACCCCACCUAUGGAAUGUUCCAAGGCAUCCCAAGCAAUGACCCUAUUAAUGUGCUGGUUCGAAUCUAUGUGGUCCGGGCCACAGACCUGCACCCGGCUGACAUCAAUGGCAAAGCUGACCCCUAUAUCGCCAUCAAGCUAGGCAAGACUGACAUCCGGGACAAGGAGAACUACAUCUCCAAGCAGCUCAACCCCGUCUUUGGGAAGUCCUUUGACAUCGAGGCCUCCUUCCCAAUGGAGUCCAUGUUGACAGUGGCCGUGUAUGACUGGGAUCUGGUGGGCACUGAUGACCUCAUUGGAGAAACCAAGAUCGACCUGGAAAACCGCUUCUACAGCAAGCACCGGGCUACCUGCGGCAUUGCGCAGACCUACUCCAUACACGGCUACAAUAUCUGGAGGGACCCUAUGAAGCCCAGUCAGAUCCUAACCCGUCUCUGCAAAGAAGGCAAAGUGGACGGCCCCCACUUUGGUCCCCAUGGGAGAGUGAAGGUCGCCAACCGUGUCUUCACGGGGCCUUCAGAGAUAGAGGACGAGAAUGGUCAGAAGAAGCCUACAGAUGAGCACGUGGCAUUGUCUGCUCUGAGACACUGGGAGGACAUCCCCCGGGUGGGCUGCCGCCUUGUACCAGAACACGUGGAGACCAGGCCGCUGCUCAACCCUGACAAGCCAGGCAUCGAGCAGGGUCGCCUGGAGCUGUGGGUGGAUAUGUUCCCCAUGGACAUGCCAGCUCCUGGGACGCCUCUGGAUAUCUCCCCCAGGAAACCCAAGAAGUACGAGCUGCGGGUCAUCGUGUGGAACACAGAUGAGGUGGUCCUAGAAGAUGACGAUUUCUUCACAGGAGAGAAGUCCAGUGACAUUUUUGUGCGGGGGUGGCUGAAGGGCCAGCAGGAGGACAAACAGGACACAGACGUCCACUACCACUCCCUCACUGGUGAAGGCAACUUUAACUGGCGUUACCUGUUCCCCUUCGACUACCUGGCUGCCGAAGAGAGGAUUGUUAUGUCUAAGAAGGAGUCUAUGUUCUCCUGGGAUGAGACGGAGUACAAGAUCCCUGCACGGCUCACCUUGCAGAUCUGGGAUGCUGACCACUUCUCUGCUGACGACUUCCUGGGGGCCAUUGAGCUGGACCUGAACCGGUUUCCAAGGGGCGCUAAGACAGCCAAGCAGUGUACCAUGGAGAUGGUCACUGGGGAGGUGGACGUGCCCCUGGUUUCCAUCUUUAAACAGAAGCGCGUCAAAGGCUGGUGGCCCCUCCUGGCCCGCAAUGAGAAUGAUGAGUUUGAGCUCACGGGCAAGGUGGAGGCAGAGCUACACUUAUUAACAGCAGAGGAGGCAGAGAAGAAUCCCGUGGGCCUGGCCCGCAAUGAACCUGACCCUCUAGAAAAACCCAACCGGCCUGACACAGCCUUCGUCUGGUUCCUGAACCCGCUCAAGUCGAUCAAGUACCUCAUCUGCACCCGAUACAAGUGGCUGAUCAUCAAGAUCGUGCUGGCGCUGCUGGGACUGCUCAUGCUGGCCCUCUUCCUCUACAGCCUCCCAGGCUACAUGGUCAAGAAGCUCCUAGGGGCAUAAGUGUCCCCUGCCCCGCCCCGCCCCAGGUCUCCCGCCCCGCCCCGCCCCAGCAUCCCUCCACGGGCUGCUGCUCUUGCCUUCCCUCACCUGGACUCUCUCCCAACCCCCUGAGGAGCCCUCCCACCCCUGCCAGCGUUGAACAAGACACCUGCUUGCUGGGCCGUCAUCCCACACCCAAACUGCUGCUUGCCUGGUCUUGCCCCAGUCUUGCCUGGGGUUUGGAGCAUAGUUGGAAUCAGUGGCAUCCGAAAAUAGACACCCUCUUGCCCCACAUUCUAUGAUGUCACGCUCCUCGGCCCAGCUCCCAAAGUGGCAGGGGCCCAAACUUCCCUUGGACAUUUCAAAUCCAACAAAAUCAACGAAGGAACAUGGAUGGGGCAGUGGUCGAAGCUUUGAUAAGUAGGAACAGGUGGAAAGCAUCAGAGAUGCCAGCAGAAGCAACACACCGGGGUAGCCCAAACAAGGUCACAGGAGCCAGCUGCUCCUUCCCAUGCUUUCCUCUUGGCUCCUCCUCCUUCCCACAGCCCCCUGGGCAGCCGCUUAGCCUGAGGCUUCACAUCUCUUCCACUGCCCAGGUCCGCGUGUGCCAGCCAGUACACCUGCUGCAACAGUGAACCCAGUGUCCUGGUUGUCCUGAAGGCAGCCCUAUCAAGCUUGAUGGCAGCCACAGCCAGGAGUCUACACUAUGAGCGCUGCCCCUUCUGUCUCCGCGAAUCUGCUGGUUGCUUUUCCUUUCUUGAGUGUGAUUUUUCUCUUAAUAAAAUAAAUCAAACCCUGA